UUUUAACUUUUUUAACAACUCAAAUCUUAAUACCGUCGUGGAUUUUCGUGUCACGGGGAUAAAGUCCAUCUUUAUUAGAUUAGACGCGGUGCCGUUAUCUGACUGCAGCGUCGUGAAGUCGGAAUGACCGUCGCCCGCGAGAGGUUGUGGCGGCCUCAUCAGUAGCUGUCACCGCGGCGGGGGACCUCCGGACCUCCGUCUGCAGGGUGGUCAUCUACCUCCAGAGGGACAUGUCCGGGGACAGCCGCCCCCCCCAACGCCACACCCACUCCGCCUCCCCGGCCCCUCCCCCGGCCGGCCCCAAGACCAAGAGCUGCAGCUACCGCGGCGCGGUGGGCCUGGGCAACAAGUACAUCCGCAUCAACGUGGGCGGGAGCCUGUUCUACGCCACGCUGCCGGUGCUCACCCGGCACAGCUCCCUGCUGAAGGCCAUGUUCAGCGGACAGAAGGACGUGUUCACCGAUAAAGACGGCUGGAUCCUGAUCGACCGCAGUGGGAAGCACUUCGGCAGCGUCCUGUGCUUCAUACGCGACGGCUCGGUCUCUUUGCCCAAAGGUCGCCAGGCGGUCCAGGAGGUGCUGGCCGAGGCCAAGUACUACGACGUCCAGGGCCUGGUGGAGCUUUGCCACAACACGCUGCAGGGCAAUAAGGAGCUGCCCAUGUGUGUCAUACCUGUGGUCACCUCCAGUAAGGAAGAGGAGAAGCUCAUCCAGUCCUCCGCCAAGCCUGUGGUGAAGCUGGUGUACAACAGAAGCAACAACAAGUACUCCUACACCAGCAACUCCGACGACCACCUGCUGAAGAACAUCGAGCUGUUCGACCGGCUGUCCCUCAGCUUCAACGGCCGCGUCCUCUUCAUCAAGGACGUGAUCGGAGACGAGAUCUGCUGCUGGUCCUUCUACGGCCAGGGCCGCAAGCUGGCCGAGGUCUGCUGCACCUCCAUCGUCUACGCCACGGAGAAGAAGCAGACCAAGGUGGAGUUCCCCGAGGCUCGCAUCUACGAGGAGACCCUGAACACGUUGCUCUACGAGACGAUGUCGCCCGACGCCGUGCUGCUGGAGGCCAGCGAGGAAGACGAGGGGCCCGGCGGCGCCCGGCGGCUCCACGUCAAGAGGCACAGCGCGUACGACGACCGGCAGCCGGACAUUGUGACGCCGUUCCUUUAAGAGAUCCUCCGCCGCUCAUCGGAGACAACAAAGCGCGGCCAUCGCUGUAGUUUUUACCUUUUUUUACUCUGGAUAGUUGCGGCGUCGUCAUAAUUUAUGAAUCUUGUCAGAGCGACUGCUUAAAUAACGAGAGCGCCGAUGUUUUAAUUAUUAACACAUGUAGAUUAUUAGUGUCGACCAUCGCAGCGGAGCACGUUUCAUAUUUAUAGAUCGUAUCGUUUCAUAUUUACACAUCGACACCAACGACCAGAACUCGAGUGUCGCAUGUUUUUAAUGCCGUUUCACGUUAUGCCUUUUUUCAGCUGUGAAGAUAAAAAAAAGUUAUUCAACUA